CGUCGAACUCACGGAUCUCCCUAUUGGCUCGAGCCUGUAGGGUAAAGGGGCGUGGCUAACUGGAAAAUGCUGAACGUUGAGUGGCGUCUGGUGAAAUCAAUCUGAAGCUAUGGAAUUCCCGCCCCGGAUAUGGUUGGUCUGGUUUAGUUGUUUACCCGUAGCCUAGCAACGCCGCCAAGCUGGAGACUGAGGAAGCAGUAGUUGAAGGGGAGGGAAGCCCCGAAGCUGGGAAGGCUGUAAGUGGAGGGAUGAUCAGGAGUCGUGUCUCGUGGUGGAGAGGACAAGAGUCCAUGGAGUUGGGGUGGAGACUCUGUCUAACCUGCAAAGCCUUCAGGUAAAGGAUGAGACCCAAGUGCUCCUGAAACCAAGGUCAGUUAUAGGAAAAAGGUCCCUGCGUCCAGCGUGGCUAUGGAAGUGCUUGUGGCCCCCCUCUACCAGGGCUCAGAGAUAAGCACCAGUAACAGGCUGAGGCUGGCCAUAGGCCCAGCUUCCAAAAAAGCCUUGUUAUCAUGCAUGACCACCAACCAGAUGGACCCUGCUCGGACCAAACUCACCACCACUGAGGCCAAGAGGAUUGUCUUCGUCCUGGAUGAAACCAUUCGAAAGGUGGAGAUGGUCACCCUGCUGUCGGCCGCUGCUUACAGCCCAGAGAGUUUGGAGGGGCUGUGGGAAGACGACCUCAUCAAAGCUGUCCGGGACCAUGAGGAUUUCUGCAACACCCUCCUGGAGCUGGAUAACCUGGUGAAAGAAGAGGAGGUGCAGCUGGCAGAGUCAGGGGACCACGGUCAGCAGCUUCUCAUUGAAGAGCACAAGCACAGCCUCACGCUCCUCAAAGAGGAGGUGAAAGGCUCUGCCCGCAACACGCUGAGAAUCUUCCUGCUCAACCUGCCGGCCGGGGAAAUCCUUCGCACCCAGGUCGUGGGGAGAAGUGAAGAGGCCAGCGUUUUUCUCCAAGGUCUGACUGAAUUCAGAGGCUUUGUGUUCGAGAAGCUCCUCACCAGCCCCAUGGAGGAGAAGGAAAGGGCUGAGUUCCUGGACGAAAUCAACCUCCGGGAAAAGAAGAACAACCAGUUGAUUCAGGAUCUUGAGGCAGAGCUGAGCGCCACCCUCAAAGCCAGGGAUUCUGAGAUGGAGAAGGAGAACCUUGUGAUCCAGGAACUGAAAAGCCACCUGCACCAGGUGCUCAAAUUCUCAGAGAAUCACCUGCUACGCACCAAGCAGGAGGCGGAGAAGCAGCAGAAGGCUGAGCUGCAGGCCUCCCAGGGCCGGAUCGCCAAGAUCCAGCAGGACAUCCUCAGGCUCAGGACCCAGUACCAUAACAUUGUGGAGGAGAACCGGGACAGUGAACAGGCACUCAGAAAGAAGAAAUAUAAACUGGAGACAGAAAUAGAGAACUGGAUCCAGAAAUAUGAUACUGAGAUGGGAGAAAAGCAGACUGAAUAUGAAGAGCUAGACGAGAUCUAUACUGAGGAGAAGGCUCAGCUGGCAGAGCUGAAGGAAAAACACGCAGUCCUGGUCCAGGAGUUUGUACAGAUCAGGGACGAGAGACUCAUCAACUCCAAGAAGCAGCUGGAGGCCGAGAAGGAGAUGGCCCUCAUGAUGCGGGCGGCCACCCUCAUCCAGGCUUUCUGGAGGGGCUACUUGGUCAGGUCACUGCUGAAGUCCAAGCGGAAGAAGAAGAAGAAAGGCAGGGGCCGAAAGAAGAAAUAAGUCCCUCCUCCACCGGCACCACUCCCCAGCUUGUUCUUCCUGUCCCACCCACACUGGCACCAAGUAGGUUUGACCAGAUUUACACAGAGGAGGUCGAAUCCUGCGUGUGCUUCUUCCUGCUCUGGACCAAGCUUUGGGUGUGUGCACACAUGUCCCCAGGCGGUGAGAGGAGUAUGCAGGCCGCUGUGAGCCCUGUAGAUCCCUCGCACAUUCUGCUGACCAGUGACCACCGGGAGCCUGUGGACACCAAAUACAAUGUCCACUUUGAGGCCUUCCCUUUCUGUACUGAUACCAACAAAGUCCCUUCUCCUUGACCCCACCCUGGGCAUCUUUUCCCCCUUGCUGCCUUAAGGAGCAGUGGGUCCACACCUCCUAGAGAGGCCCAAACUCACCUCUCCCCAGCCCUGACUCCUCUUUGAAGAGUUGGUACGAGAUUUCUCCUGCUCCACCACCCUGUCCUAACACAGCAGCAGUGAUCCCAAACCUCUGAAAGCUCAUAAGAGCCCCAGAAGAGGGCUGGGCCAAAUUCGCUCAGGCCUGGCUGCUCAUGGAAAAAAGGGGACAAUCCAGGUAGGGCAGACACACUAUGUACGUGCUUCAAAGCACACACGGACACAUCUUCCACUGAAGCCCCAGGGUGAGGCCUCAUCAUAGCAUGGAAGAGACCAUGUGUGUCGGGGGGGGGGGGUGAAGACAUACAAGGCCCAGCUGGUCCCACAAGCCCAUAGGGCCUGGCUGGAUGCCGUGUCCAUUCUCCCAAGACGAGCCCUGCUAAGUUCACAGAGCCUCUUCCCUGGGGCUUGAAUUUCUUUUCCAGCUACAAUUCACAGCUGACUCUGAGGUCUCUUCCAAGAAGUCCAGUGUUCUGUACACUUCACUAAGACAGGGGUUGACCUGAACUUGGUUUUAAUUGCCAACUGUAUUUCAAUAAAAUUGGUUUCCUCUAUAA